UCGGUCGCCAUCCAGAACUGCGCUAGCCACCAAUAAAGUCUUGCUUCAGAAUCGCUUGCGCCGUUUGUGGUUUUUGCCAAGUUUCUCUGGUCUCGUCGCCUCGCCUGCAUGCUGCAAGAGGCACGUUGGCGGCGACGGCUCGCGAACAGCAGAUGUGCAAUAUGAGCCCGUUCUGGUGGACCCAGUGCCUUUGCACGAUCCUAACACUCGAGUGCACGGAUCAAUCUCACGCAUGACCAUUUUAGUUUUCUCUGCGCAGACACUAUUCUUAAACGUCCUUGUGCAGCAUUGUCCAAUUCCCCGUCCACCGGCGCAACACUUCUUAAACCCUUUCGCAACGCACCAGUUGAUUGCCUUUUGGGAUUUAGAAAUCGGCAGCGACGUAUGUCCGGCGGAGGGGAAAUCGGCAACGCAACUGAGGAUUCUCCCGGCGUCGCACGAGAAAAGCAUCGCCCGGUGUAUCGGGGAUUCCCGUUGGACUUGUUACCGGAGCGUUUGAGACCUGAUCUACCGGAUUUGUCCGCCGACUAUGGCGGAUAAGACUGAGCGAGCGACGGAGGACGGAUCCCGGGACAAUUGUUGUGUCGCAGCCGAGGAGGCUACAUGAGGGUGUCAGCGGGCCGCACGUCGACUCCACCUUCCCACCUCCUUCUGUUCAAAUCUGCGAAGAAACAAACUCUCCGCCAGGGGAAGGGGGGCUCGAUCUCUUCACACAGGAAUAAAACCGAGACGGAGAGCGGCGGAACACUUCGACGUAGCCGUCCUCUCCCCUCCCGUCCCCCAAGCGGCGGGGGGACGAUCAGAAACAAUUCGGAUUAGAAGGCACAAAUACGGGGAACACGUUUGCCCGCUGUGGAUGUAAAACUUUUUUUUUUCACCUUUUUUUGAAUUUGUCAAAAAUAUGGCCGAUAAUGUCCUGGAGUCCGGCCCUUCAGCCAAGAGGCCAAAGCUGUCCUCUCCAGCGCUCUCCGUGUCUGCAAGUGAUGGAAACGAUUUCGGUUCACUCUUUGACCUUGAGCACGACCUACCAGACGAGCUCAUCAGCUCGUCAGACCUGGGGCUGACCAAUGGAGGGGACAUCAACCAUCUCCAUACCAGUCUCGGAGGGAUUGGGAUGGGAGGCCAGGACGCUGCUGCAAAACACAAACAGUUGUCUGAACUUUUGCGUGCUGGGGCAUCAUCGCAGCAGGUUGGCCCUGCUUCCAACAGUACUGGACUUGGGAGUUCCAUGGGCAUAUUGGGAGGUGUCAACAUCUCCCCUGGUGCACCCCACGGCCAGCAGCAGCCCGGCCCAAUGCAGCAGGUUGGGAUGGUUGGAGGGGUGGCAUCACUAAGUCGGGUAACUGCAAUGAUGGGUGGCCAGAGGGGGAGCAAUGGACAGCAACAGCAAGGCAUGAUGUCGGGUCACGUGAUGAACGGCUCGUCAAGGAUGGGUUACCCGGGCGGCGCGAGUAUGGGUAACAACGGUAAUAUUUUAGCUGAAACCCUACAGCAGCAGCAGGGUGGUCAGCAAAUGGGGUCUGGUGGUCAGCCGGGGAUACGACCACAGCAACCAGGAGCACUGAACAAGAUGAAUAUGAUUGCCAAUACGGGCCCCUAUGGUGGUCCCUACGGUCCGUCCGCCAGCCAGGGGCUUCCUGGCGCAGGGCUGAGCCCACAACUCCAGAAUAAAACCGGAAUGGCCAACAAUUUGACCAGCCAGUUUAACAUGGACAAGAAAGUGCCGGCGGGGCAAAACAUGCCUGGAAUGACGCCUCAGCAGCAGCAGCAGCAGCAGCAACAGCAGCCUCCAGGCAUUGGCGGUGUAUCAGUCGGCGGAGCAGCAGUGGGAGCGGCUCAGGUUGGACUGGGUGCUGUAGGGGCAGGUCCCUGCGCAACGCCCCCUACAGCAGACCCGGAGAAGCGUAAGCUCAUCCAACAGCAACUGGUCCUUUUGCUCCACGCGCAUAAGUGCCAGCGAAGGGAGCAGGCUAACGGGGAAGUGAGGCAGUGCAACCUGCCUCAUUGCCGCACCAUGAAGAAUGUAUUGAACCACAUGACUCAUUGCCAGGCUGGCAAGUCUUGCCAGGUGGCGCAUUGUGCCUCAUCAAGACAGAUCAUCUCUCACUGGAAGAAUUGCACUCGACAUGACUGUCCUGUAUGCCUACCUUUGAAAAACGCUGGAGACAAGCGGAACCAGCAAUCUCUGGUCGGCAGUGCGGGGCUGGGUUUGGUGAACACUUUAGGCUCAGGAGUACCAGGCGGACAGUCCAAUACUCCCAACCUGAAUCCGCCAAAUCAGAUUGACCCCAGCUCCAUAGAGAGGGCCUACGCUGCUCUUGGUCUGACCUACCAGGGCAACCAGAUGCAACCGCAGCCACCUCAGGCCAACAUGCCAAACCAGGGGAUGCAGGGGCAACCUGGGAUGCGGAGUCUGAAUGUCAUGGGAGGGAAUUCAAUAGGAGUGAACGGUGGCGUGCAGCCCCCGAACCAUCAGGCGUCCCUGCUGCCAGAUGCCAUGUUGCAAAACACUUUAAAUACACAGAGUUUAAUGAACGAUGGUGUGGGGAACCUGGGAUCCAUGCCUACUGCAGCUCCUCCCUCAGCAGCCAUGAGGAAGUCUUGGCAUGAAGACAUCACGCAAGACCUGCGAAACCACCUUGUGCAUAAACUAGUGCAGGCCAUCUUUCCCACUCCUGACCCAGCUGCUCUGAAGGACCGGCGGAUGGAAAACCUGGUGGCAUAUGCUCGAAAAGUUGAGGGGGACAUGUAUGAGUCAGCCAACAGUAGAGCGGAGUACUACCACCUCCUGGCAGAGAAGAUCUACAAGAUCCAAAAGGAACUUGAGGAGAAGAGGAGGACACGCCUCCAAAAGCAGGGAAUGAUGUCGGGUCAGCCUGGCUUGGCCUCCUCAGGCUUCCCGCAGGGCCCUCUAAGCCUGGGUCAGCCCCCAAUGGGUCCAGGGCCACCUCAAAAUGGCCCUCACGCUGAUCCGUCCAUGAUACGACCUGGAGGACCAAAUCAGAUGGCUAAUAGGAUGCAGAACCCAGCAGGAAUGAACCAGUUUGGCCAGAUGGGGAUGCAGUCAGUAGGUCAAAGGUCGACACCUCCGCUUCCACUCAGUGCUCCGAUGAACCAGAUGGGUAUGGGAGCAGCAAGAAUGGGUCAGCCUAAUGCCACGCAGCUACAGAACCAGUACCACCCUCCAAGCCAGUUUCCUGGGUCAAGUCCUGGUCUUAGUUCCGGUCCUGUUGGGGUGAACCAGCCGGGAUCACAGGCUGCAGUGCCGCUGCAGAAUCAGAUGUCAACUCCGCCUUCGCUGCCUGCCGGCAGCCCUUCGGCCCAGUCUGCUACCCCUGCUCCGGGCUCUGCAGCUUCUGGGGGCUCCGUGGGGACUGUCUGUGGUACAGGGCUUCUGCCCAACUUGCCUCCAUCCUCCACGCCAAACCAGCCCAACACAUUUCCUCACUGCCCACCCAUCAAAACAAACUCGCCCUCACCGGCACGCAGCUUAACACCUCAACCUCAUCAGACAGCCCCCACCUUGCCGCGUUGUCAGACACCGCAGCCGCAAACCCCGAGUACACCCCAGCUGCCUCCUCAGCAUCAACAGCAAGCAUCUCAGCCGCAGCAACCAUCCGGGAGCUCUGAGAAGGCUAUACAGCUUCCACAACAGACGCUCGGGGGUGUGACGACGUCAGGCCCCCAGGCAAGUCAGGCUUCUUUGGUGCCUCUCCAUAAUGCACAUGUGGCACUGCAGCUGCCCCCGACACCACUGUCUCUGAAGCCACCUGUCACAGGAGAUGGUCCAGUGUCGUCACCAGCCUCAGUCAGCAGCAGUACUGAUCCAAGCUCACAGCUUGCCCCGGAGGAAGGUCCCACUCCCAUCCAAGAUGAUGUCAAAAUGGAAGUGAAAAAACAGGAGGAAGACGAGGACGAAGGAGAUGAAAUUCAAGGAGAGGGAAAGUGUCUGGGAAAGUCGGGCAAAGUUGAGCCGGACGUUACAGCAGAAGAGAAGGUUGAGAUUAAAAAAGAAACUUUAUCAGAAGAAGGGUGUAAAGCAGAGGCCAUGGACACAUCUUCAUCCUCUGUGUCAUCGUCAGUGGAAACUAGGGAAGACAAAAAGCCAGAGGUUAAAAAAGAGCCCAAAGAGCAAGACGAGGCAUCCGCAGCCUCCCCGGCCAGCACUCAGAGCAAGAAGAAAAUCUUUAAGCCAGAGGAGCUGCGUCAGGCUCUGAUGCCCACCUUGGAGGCCCUGUACCGGCAGGACCCCGAGUCCCUCCCCUUCCGUCAGCCGGUGGACCCCCAGUUACUGGGAAUACCCGUACGUAUUCGAACUAGUAACAAAACUAACCUGGACUACUUUGACAUCGUGAAGAACCCCAUGGACCUGUCGACCGUCAAGCGGAAACUGGACACGGGGCAGUACCAAGAGCCGUGGCAGUACGUCGAGGAUAUCUGGCUGAUGUUCAACAAUGCUUGGUUGUACAACCGCAAGACGUCCCGUGUGUACAAGUACUGCUCCAAGCUGGCUGAGGUCUUUGAGACUGAGAUUGAUCCUGUCAUGCAGGGCCUCGGGUAUUGCUGCGGAAGGAAGUUUGAGUUUUCCCCCCAAACUCUAUGCUGCUAUGGAAAACAAUUAUGCACCAUCCAGCGUGAUGCUGCUUAUUUUAGCUACCAGAACAGUUCACCAAAAUAUGGGCUUCUUGCUGACAGGUACCACUUCUGUGAGAAGUGUUUCAACGAAAUCCAGGGUGAGAGCGUCUCCCUGGGUGACGACCCCUCCCAGCCUCAGACGUCCAUCAACAAAGACCAAUUCCAGCGAAAGAAGAAUGACACCCUUGAUCCCGAGUUGCUUGUGGAAUGUUCCGACUGUGGUCGUAAAAUGCACCAGAUCUGCGUCCUGCACAACGAAACCAUUUGGCCUUCCGGCUUUGUGUGUGACAACUGUCUCAAGAUGGCCAACAAGACAAGGAAAGAGAACAAAUAUGCAGCUAAGAGGCUUCCGCAGACCAAGCUGGGGAGCUAUUUGGAGUCCCGGGUGAACGACUACAUCAAAAGGCAGAGCCAUCCUGAGGCCGGCGAGGUCACCAUCCGUGUGGUCCACGUCUCCGACAAGGUGGUGGAGGUCAAGCCGGGCAUGAAGUCCAGGUUUGUGGACAGCGGCGAGAUGUCCGAGUCUUUCCCAUACAGGAUGAAAGCAUUAUUUGCCUUUGAGGACAUCGAUGGAGCCGACGUGUGUUUUUUCGGAAUGCACGUUCAAGAGUACGGCUCCGACUGCCCGCCCCCCAACCAGAGACGAGUGUAUAUCUCUUACCUGGACAGCGUUCACUUCUUUAAACCCCGACACCUCAGGACCGCUGUUUAUCAUGAGAUUUUGCUCGGCUACCUGGAAUAUGCAAAGAGGCUGGGGUUUACAACAGGCCACAUCUGGGCGUGUCCUCCCAGCGAGGGCGACGAUUACAUCUUCCAUUGUCACCCGGCGGACCAGAAGAUCCCCAAGCCAAAAAGGCUGCAAGAGUGGUACAAGAGAAUGCUGGACAAGGCGGUGUCUGAGCGGAUCGUCCAUGACUACAAGGACAUCUUCAAACAGGCGACAGAGGACCGCCUGACAAGUGCGAAGGAGCUGCCGUACUUCGAGGGAGACUUCUGGCCCAAUGUACUGGAGGAGAGCAUCAAGGAGCUGGAGCAGGAGGAGGAGGAGAGGAAAAGGGAGGAGAACAGUACCUGCAGCGAGAGUACUGAUGCCGCGAAAGGAGACAGCAAGAAUGCCAAAAAGAAGAACAAUAAAAAGACGAGCAAGAACAAGAGCAGCUUGAGCCGCGCCAACAAGAAGAAGCCCGGCAUGCCCAACGUGUCCAAUGACCUUUCCCAGAAACUUUAUGCCACCAUGGAGAAACAUAAGGAGGUCUUUUUUGUCAUCCGGCUCAUCGCCGGCCCCACCGCCAACUCGCUGCCCCCCAUCACCGACCCCGACCCCCUGAUGGCCUGCGACCUGAUGGACGGCCGGGAUGCCUUCCUGACGUUGGCCAGGGACAAGCACCUGGAGUUCAGCUCCCUCAGGAGGUCCAUGUGGAGCUCCAUGUGUAUGUUGGUGGAGCUCCACAAUCAGAGCCAGGACCGCUUUGUCUACACUUGCAACGAGUGUAAACACCACGUGGAGACACGAUUCCACUGCACUGUUUGUGAGGACUACGACUUGUGCAUCACUUGCUAUAACGUGAAAGGCCACGAGCACAAAAUGGACAAAUUGGGGCUCGGGCUGGAUGACGACAGCAACAACCAGGCAGCGGCGUCCACCCAGAGUCCGGGAGAUUCUCGCCGGCUGAGCAUCCAGCGAUGCAUCCAGUCGCUGGUGCACGCAUGCCAGUGCCGCAACGCCAACUGUUCGCUCCCGUCGUGCCAGAAGAUGAAGCGCGUCGUUCAGCACACCAAAAGCUGCAAGCGCAAGACGAAUGGCGGCUGUCCUAUUUGCAAGCAGCUCAUCGCUCUGUGCUGCUAUCAUGCCAAACACUGUCAGGAGAACAAAUGUCCCGUGCCGUUCUGCCUCAACAUCAAGCAAAAACUCCGGCAGCAGCAACUGCAGCAUCGACUCCAACAGGCGCAGAUGUUAAGAAGGCGGAUGGCCAGCAUGCAGAGGGUGGGGCAGCCCGCCGGGGGGCAGCCGGGAGGACCCGUCAUGGGACUUCCGUCACCAGGCACGAAUGGCAUCACCGCACCCAGUACGCCGACAUCUGUCGGGACUCAGCCCGCGACCCCGCAGACGCCGACACAGCCCGUGCCCUCGGUCCCUCAACAAGGAUUGGGGCCUGGCCCCGGAGUCCCACAAGCUCCCCAACCAGGUGGGAUGCCCCCUCAGCAGCAACAGCUUCAUCACCAGUUUCAGCAGAUGCCAGGUGGAGGAGGCGGUACCGGGGGCAUAAUGAGCUCCCCUCAACAUCAGCACCACAUGCACCCGCAGGUGCAGCAGCAGCAGCAGCAGCAGCAGCUGCAAGGCGGGGCAGGAGCCAACCAUCAGCAACUCCACCAACACCCAAACAACAUGGCUGCAUUUGCCAGCCGGGCCCCCGGUUCCUCUCCAAUCCACCAAUCGCAAGGAAAACCCGUUCUCGGAUCCGCGACUCCUCCUCGGCAGCAACCCGGUUGCCCCGUCAUGCCUGGAAACAUCGGAGGCCAGCCUCCCAACCAACCCCAAGGCCAGCCCGCUCUUCCGCAGCAGCAACCUUCUGGCCCUCCCCCGGCCGCGGUUGAGAUCGCGAUGAAGAUCCAGAGGGUGGCCGACGCCCAGAGGAAGAUGGCCCUGCAGAGACAAGCGGCUGCCGGCCUGAUGCCGCCUCACCCCCACCAUCAACAGGGCCAAGGUCAACAAAUGGCCUUGGGACACCCGGGGACCGGGGGGCCGGUUGGUCCCCAGGGCAUGCCGCCACAAAACCAAACUGCAAUGCAGUCCGCCCGGGCCCACAUGGAGCAGCAACAGAUUGCUGCGGGUGGGAUGAUGGUCGGCGCUGGUGGGCCGAUGCUACAUCAUCAACAACAGCAGCAGCAGCAGCAAGGCAACAUUCCACAUUCUCAGGUUCAACUUCAACAGCAGAGGAUGGGCGCUCCGCUCCAAAACCCACAACAGCAGUGGACAGGCCAGGGGAUGCCCCCCCAGCAGAGACAGGCCAUGAUGAACCAAAUGGGCCAUCAUCAGGUUUUGAUGGUAGCGCAGCAGCAGCAGCAACAACAACAACAGCAACAACAACAACAACAACAACAACAACAACAGCAGCAGCAGCAACAACAGCCGCAAGGUGCCGCCGGACCUGGGCCCGGGGCCGCUGGCGUCCCAGGAGUCGGCGCGGGCGGCAACAUCACCCAGGCGGCACUGCAGGAUCUUUUACGGACUCUUCGCUCGCCCAGCUCGCCGCUCCAACAGCAACAAGUCCUCAACAUUCUGCGCUCCAACCCUCAACUGAUGGCCGCUUUCAUCAAACAGAGGGCCUCAAAGUACAAGGGGGGGCCAGGAGGUCCCGCACCCACCGGGGGGCCUGCCGGGAACGUCAUGGCUGGAGGCGGGUCACAGGUGAGCGUGAAUGCGGCUGGCGCGGGCCAGCCGGGAAUGCACAUGGGGGGCCAGGGCGGGACAAACAUCGCCGCUAUGGCCCAACUUCAGCAGCAGCAGCAGCAGCAGCAGCAGCAGCAGAUGCAACACAUUCAACAACAGCAACAGAUGCAACAGCAGCAGAGACCCCUCCUUGGUGGUUUACAGCAGCAGCAAGUUGCAGCUCUCCAGCAGCAACAAGCCGCAGGAAGAGGACUGCAGGGGCAGGGAGCACAAAUGGCAAAUCUCAACAAUCCCCAAUUCAGAGAACUCCUCAUGAGGAGACACCUGCAGCAGCAGCAGCAAAUGGGGGUCAACCACGGUCAGUGUCCGCAGCCCCAGCCCCCACAGGGCCAGGGUUACAUGGGCCAGCCUGGGAUGCAGCCACCCCCGGUGGGGCAGGGACCCCAAGGAGGCCCACCCCUCGGCCCUCAGCAGCCAGGGGGUCCCCCUGGCUUGCAGGGUCCGGGCUACCCGGGCACGGCCCAGCAACAGGCCACGGCCGCGCUGCAGCAAAGGCUCCAACACCACCUCCAGAUGCAGCAGCAGCAGAAUGCCAUGGCAGGCCUGCCCGGGGGCGAUUCGGGGCCCGGUGGCGGGGGCGGGGGCGGUGGGGGACCCCCGCAGCCCUCUCAGACAGGUCCAAACGGCCCCCCGCCUUCUCAAGCCCUGCUUCAACAAGCUCUCCACCAGAGGCUGCUUCAACAGCAGCAGCAACAUCUCGCCGCCGGAGGCUCGCCGGCGCAGCACAGCAAUCCCAUGAGCCCUCAGCAGCCCCCCCAGAUGGCCCAGUCCCCCCACCCCCACCUGCAGGGCCAAACGCUGCCCACUGCCCUGGCCAACCAGGUGCGCUCCCCCCAGCCCUCACCCAGACCCCAGUCCCAGCCACCACACUCCAGCCCGUCGCCGCGCAUGCAGCCCCAGCCGUCCCCCCAUCACAUAUCUCCGCAGAUGCAGACGGGAUCCCCUCACCCGGCCCACCUGAACCAGCACCACCCUGGUAUGGUGGUUCCGCAGCAGCAGCAGCCUUCGUCCCAGCAGCAGCAGCAGCAGCAGCAGCAGCAGAACUCUAUGGAACAGUUUGGCUCGGACCAGAGUGCCAUGUUAUCUCAGCUGAGCGGGAUGGCGGGUCUCCAUGGGCAGGGGGGCAGCAGUCAGGACCCACUGGGCCAGAACUUAAAUCACAACCCUUUAGACAUCAUGUAGGAAUUCUACUUAACAUGUCAUCUUGAGCUGGGGGGCAAAAAAAAAAAAAAAAAGCUCUGAUUCUUCGCACAAACUGCACUCAUCCAGGACAGUGUUAUCUAUCGUUAUCUAGCCUUUCUUUUUUUCAUUUUUUUUAUAUAUACAGUAUAUAUAUUAUACUUAAAUGUUAUUUAAAAUGUUUUCAAUAAAGAUACAUUGAACUGAACUUCCUAUGGGAGAUGAACAAUAAAUCAAACAGUCAUUAAAUAGAAUAAAUGAAUUGUAAGUUAUUGCCGUUUAAUAUAUUUUUUUGCCAAUUGUGGACAAAUGGGGGUGGGGGGUUGGGUCGUGCCCCCGCGGUCUUGCAGAAUACAGUAGAUGUAAGGUAAUAUUUUUGGAGAGGUUUGUGAUUUUUGGGGUGGGGGGAGAGGCCUUUUUUAAUAAAUGUUUUUAAGCGGAAGUGGAAUAAUGCAAAUAACUUUUUUUUUUUUUAAUGGGUUGUUUCCUGCCAUUUAUUCAGUUUUUUUUUGUUUUUUGCAGAUUGCAAAUGGUAUUAUAUUAUUCAUGUCAAUCCAAACAUGAUCCAUAUCUUCCUUUUUGAUGUUUGGCUUUGCUUUUAUUUAUUAUCUUCUUUUGGGGGCGGGGGCAUUACGUCACUCGAGACCGGGCUACAACUCGUAUAGAAAUUUUAUUUUUGUUAUUGAGUGUUCAAACGGGGUCAGUCGGAUGUUUUUUGGUUGACGUUUCAUGUCUUGAGUUGUACGCGUGCGUUCUCGGGGCCGACAGGAACAAUUCCGAUGUCAGUGUUUUCUUGCAGUCGUCACCAGUCUGCUGUGAGUUUUGACACGCUGAGAGGACACGUCGCGACAUCUCGUAAGGGACGUCCGCCGUGCUGGGAGGGAGCGUUUCCCUCGCAAAUAACAUGCAGGCCCUCUCCCUCGAAUGUGUGUUUACUCCUUCCUUCGAAAAAAAAAAAACUUGUUCUGGAGCGUGGGAGACUUGGGGAGGUGGGCUGCAUACCUGUGUGCCUGUAAUCUGUUGAGUACAUCGGCUGGGAUGUGAAACAUGAGCGUGAUGGGCUCCUUGUAUUGUUUUUGGUUUUGUUUUUUAAAAUAAUUCUCCUGUUUGGAUUAUAAGGAGAAUAUUGAUCCAAAUGAACUGUGUUGCACAGAAAUGAGGAGAAUGCAGGAGAUAUGAAGCAUCAUUCUCCAUCUUUCUGCCUCUUCCCAGUUGCUGCUUCCCUUGGACUGCCCCCGCACCCUUCCCCGCUCACCUCUGCCAGGGGGGAGUAGCUCUCCCCCAAAGUCCAUUCUUUAUCUUUCUGCUAAGAACUUUGGGAGUUUAUUUAAUAUUUUGUACUGUACAAAGGAAAAAAACUGUGGACUUAAAUACUGUUUUUUUAAUAAUAAAAUGGAAAAUGAACAGUGA